AUGCAGCCGGUUCUGUUUUCGCCGAGUCGCUCUGAGACUACCUCUCGCCGGGCCAGAGAUGCCUCCAAGCAGGGCCCCUGGCGGUGCUCCAACUGCCCCAAGGAGUUUGCUCAGAGUGAGUACUACGCCCUGUUACCCCUUGUUAUGGUCAAUCCCUUUGAGCAGAUGAUGGUUCGUGCCUGUACUGCCAACAAUCGCAAUCUUGGCCCUGUCCGCUGCACUUUCCCCCAGUUGCCUGCCUGCGCAGCCUCCAAACUGAGCUGCGAUCUGGGUACGCCGUCAUGUUCACGCUGCAUCAACAGGAACAAGACGUGCCGAUACGUCUCGGCCAACAAUCCCAACGCCGCAUCUCAGCAGAUCGAGGCAUCCCAACGGCCUCGGGUGCACCACGCUCGAACCAAUUCGGGGCAGCCAUAUGAUAGCAAUAGCGUUAUCGGAAAUAGCUCAUCGCUUUCAAGUUACUCUAGUCGCCGUCAAUCAGAUCUUGACCUUGAAGCUGUCAUGCAUGACGCGGGGGACCAAAGCCGCAGUUCUGCCACCUCCAACGGCCUGUCACUUGCAGCUCUCCAACAACAACCAUUACCCGCACCUGCGACUAACGGCGUCAACAUAAAUGGGUGGCAUGCGAACACACAGGCAAACAGACCCAUUGUCGGCUUUGGAGAUCCUACGCCAAGCCCAGGGCAGCUUGAGAGGGACGGCAUUUCAUUAUUUAACUUGACCAAUGAGACAGACCCUGCGUCCCGAUGGCAGCAGGAGAUACCUUGGUUCUCGCAGAAUGUAUUCCUCUCCCCUGAACUGCCUAUAUCUCCAGAGCUCGAAGACCCUUUGCAAGGAGGCGGCUUCACAGGAGCUUCUGAGGAUCUCAACUUCGAUCUCCUGGGCUCACUUGGGAUCUUGACUCAGAAUCGGAUUACUCCGGGCCAGACAUCUCAACCGGCUGGAUUUUCAACCAUGCUGAAUACCCCAAUCUCAUCUGAGGGUCACUACCCAAGAACAACAUCCAUUGCAAAUCACCAGAGCAACCAGAACUCUCCACUUGAUGUCGAGGCCGAUACCGAACAAGGCAAGACUCUUCAUGGUGCCGUCAAAGCUGCGCGUGGUACGGAGUUGUCGAAUACGGCUGUACCACGUCAGCCAUAUGGUAUCAGUCGAAAUAUGCAGUCAUGCCCUUUUCACAGACUCCACAAAGACGAUGAUCUCAUCAAAAUGGUCAGCAACUACCCCAGUGUCAUGUUACAACCUGGAGUAUAUCCCCCAUUUGUACAUCACAAGCUAUACCGAUGUUCUGCUGGGGAUGUUGCAGAACCGCUCGCUAAGGCCUUCUGCUGCGUCGGGGCUUUCUACGCAUCUGUUCCAGUCAGCGAGACGUUUGUUUACUCGCUCAUAAAUGAAGAGACUAACAAGCUUGUCAAAGGAUUUCACCAACUACCCGGUUCUGAUGCUGACAUGCUUGCGGUGGUCCACGCCAUGUGUAUCUAUCAGACCUUGGGGUUCUUUGUGAGCGUAAACCCAGAACAGACGCGUGCAGCCGAGUCACAGCAGAUGUUCUUCCUCAAGAUGACCAGACGUCUUGCCAAACAAUAUCUCCAAACCUCAACAGCCGAGGACGGUGAAGAGAGCAAUUGGCGCAAAUGGCUCAUGGACGAGACAAUACGAAGAACUGUUUUCCUUGUCAAUGCGAUCAAUACCCUUUCCUGUCGUGUUCAGAAGCAGGAUCCAAACUACUUUGAGCCUCUGGACAACGACCUCAUUCACAACUUGACUCUCCCAGCACCUGAGGCUAUCUGGAAAGCCUCGUCGGCAGAGGAAUGGACUCUCGCCAAGUCUCAACUAACCGCUGAUGACUUCGCACGGACAAAGGUCACGAUCCGCCGGGCUGUUGAUCAGAUCAAGAGUAUUGGAAGGUCUGGAGAUCGAGGCGCUCCUCUUAGUCCGCUCCAGUUCGACAUGUUUGAUGACUUUACAAAGCUAGUCAUUGCUACAGCAGAUGUACAGUAA